AUGGAGAAAGGCUGCUUAGCAGCAGCGCCACCAGCUGCGGCUACUCUGGAUGGCCCAGCAGCAGCAGCAGCGGCAGCAGCAGCAGCAACAGCAGUAGGAGCUGUGGCUGCAGCAGGAGCAGCAACAACAGCAGCAGCAGCAACAGCAGCAGCAGCAGCAGCAGCAGCAGCAGAAAGUGCGGGUUUUGUCCCUCUCUGUGCUGCUCUUCCUCGCCUGCGGCUCUUCGGUUCGCGGGCGCAUGCAGCAGCCAGGGCAGCAGCAGCAGCACGCGCAGCCGCAGCAGCAGCAAGAGCAGCAAAAGCAGCAGCAGCAGCAGCAGCAUUUGCUGCUGGCUUUUGGCUGCCGCAGCAAAACACCCUUUGCCUCUUCUAUUACAGCGGCCGCUGCUGGACAAGGCUCGGCACUCAGUUCUGCCUGCGCCCACCUAGCAGCAGCAGCAGCAGCAGCAGCAGCAGCAGCAGCAGCAGCAGCAGCAGCAGCGACUGCAGCAGCUGCAUAGGUGGCAGCCUGAAAGGCAGCAGUAGCAGCAGCAGCAGUGCUGAGGAGGAACAAAAGCUCCAGACGGAAGAGGACGCAGCAGCAGGAGCUGCAGCAGCUGCGUCGGGAAAAGCUGCUGCAGUAGCAGCAGCAGCAGCAGCUCCAGCUGCAGAUUCUGCUGCUGCUGCUGCUGCUGCUGCUGCAGCUGGCAUUAACGUGCUGCUGCUGAACCUGUGGGAAAUACCUGCUGCAGUAGAGGCGUGUUCGCUGCUGCUGUUUGAUCUGGGCACUGGCCGCCCACUCAACCCGCUGCUGCUGCUGAAGCAGCAGCAGCAGCAGCAGCAGCAGCAGCAGCAGCAGCGGCAGCAGCAGCAAACGGGGUGUAGGCACCCCUGUGAGUCCCCCUGCAGCGCCGUGCCCCUCCG